GUACCCUGACCCCACAGAUAUGUGGUACCUACCCCAGUUCACCCUGGUUAUGAGAAAAGAGCCAGUGAAUCGGGUACGAAUCCCUCACAAAGACCCUCUGGCUUCCCGGGACAGGCUGCUGAAGCCCAGCACGGCCCCGCCCAAGCCCAAGCCGCCGCCGCUGACCAAGGAGACCGUGGUGUUCUGGGACAUGCGCCUGUGGCACGUGGUGGGCAUCUUCUCCCUCUUCGUGCUGUCCAUCAUUAUCACUCUGUGCUGUGUUUUCAACUGCCGUGUGCCACGGACUCGGAAGGAGAUCGAAGCCCGGUACCUGCAGCGGAAGGCGGCCAAGAUGUACACCGACAAGCUGGAGACAGUGCCGCCCCUCAACGAGCUCACAGAGGUGCCCGGAGAUGACAAGAAGAAGAAGAAGAAAAAGGACAGUGUGGACACGGUGGCUAUCAAGGUAGAGGAGGAUGAGAAGAAUGAAGCCAAGAAGUGAGGAGAGACACGAGGACAGCUUCCUGGCGG